ACGUUUUUUCCAGUGACAUCACACGACUAACAUUUUUCUUCGAACAGGUCACCGUCCCACCAAAUUAGUGGAACAACAAACUUGUGCCACGUCAGGAUUUACGUUGUAGCAAACUAACUGCAUACGACUUUUAGCUGUUGCUGAGCUUUACCGAAUACACUGUUUGAAUGUUUUGGACGUUUCAGACGAAGCAAAAGUCAGUGUUAGCUAGCUCCUAGCUAGCUAGUAAAGUCAGCUGUCUCUCAUAAAAAUACACUAGCUACAUUUUCAGUCCAGUUGACUUGUUAAAAUGGAGAACAAAUACAACCUGAAAAGCCCAGCUGUGAAGAGGCUGAUGAAGGAGGCAGCUGAACUGAGGGACCCCACAGAGCACUACCACUCCCAGCCACUGGAGGAUAAUCUGUUUGAGUGGCACUUCUCUGUCCGCGGGCCCCCAGACUCAGAUUUUGACGGUGGGGUUUACCACGGCAGGAUCGUGCUGCCCCCGGAGUACCCCAUGAAGCCCCCCAGCAUCAUCCUACUCACACCCAAUGGAAGAUUCGAGGUGGGAAAGAAGAUAUGUCUGAGCAUCUCUGGCCAUCACCCGGAGACAUGGCAGCCAUCUUGGAGCAUCAGAACGGCACUAAUAGCUAUAAUCGGAUUCAUGCCAACCAAAGGGGAGGGUGCAAUCGGAUCCCUUGAUUAUAAUCCAGAGGAGAGGAGAGGCCUGGCCAAAAAAUCCCAGGACUUCUGCUGUGAGACGUGUGGCUGCUCCUUGCGCUCUGCCCUCCUAGGUCCCUCCCCCACUAACCCCAGUCCAGAUGACCAAGAGGACCAAGAGCUCGCCCAGCAGAUCAACUUCAAGGCAGAAGCCAGGCAGGCCAGUGAGAGCACAGGGGCAGAGAGCGGGCCCCCCACAGACCCCCGGGGAGAGACGUCCACCUCGGGGGGACAGGAGGAGGAAGAGGCCCACGCUGAGCAGCAGGCCGAGGCGGCUCCAGCUGCCAGUGAGGACGAGCCAUGUCCCACAGCCUCAAGCAGCCGUUCUCUCAGCCCCCGCCAGCGCCGGGCCCAGCAGCACCAGAGAGAACCCCCCAGCAGGCCCACCUUCCCUGCCUUCCCCCACACCGCCGCCCCCCACCCCCCUCAGGACGCCAGCCACACAGGCUCUGUGGUGCUCAUCAUGGUGCUCUCCCUGCUCCUGGCUGCCCUCAUCUUCCGUAGGAUCUACCUGACCAACGAGUACAAGUUUGACUACGAGCUGUGAUGACACUGACCUGAACUUCCCCAGACCACCUGACCAUGACACCCUAGCUGGCAACAAGCUGACUUUAUCUCUUUACAUUGUCAGCCUAGAGCCCUGGAAAACAUUCUGUUCAUAGAGGGUUAGGCAUAGCCUUGGUGACUGUUUCUCCCACUAAGUAAAGAGGGCUUGCGGUCCACCUCCAAGUUGUCUUUUAUUACUUUGAAUUGACUCUAAACUGUACCACAUUUUAAAGAAAGGUCCAAACCUUUAUAGAACACAGACACUGUGGGCUGUAUUCACAAAAUGUCUGAGUAGGAGUGCUGAUCUAGGAUCAGGUCCCCCAUGUCCAUAUAAUCUAAUUCAUUAUGAUCUAAAAUAAAUAUAGAUCCGCACUUCUGAGGUGCUUUAUGAAUACGGCCUGUAUCUCAACUUUUUAUUUUGUCCGGAAGCUGUUAAUCAUGGACGGCUGCUUGCUCUCAUUUAAACAAGUUAAUGCUGUAUCAUAUGACUUGUAAACAAUGAAGACUAUUACAUUGAUUUGUUUGUCUCAAAUAAUUAAUUGUGCACAGGGAAUCAAUAUGCAUAAUAAAUUGUAUACAGAUAAGAUGCUAAUUAUUUCUGCUCAAAUGUUACGCCAUUGACAUUUAUUAUUGGUUAGCCAAUUCUCCGGUGGUUUCUACUUUAGCGGCAGCAGAUACAGUGCAGCCUUCUAUACACAUACGUCUGUCAAUCUUAGCCUGAGUGUGUUAAAGGAAUUUCAUUCCUAUAUGUUCAUCAACCAGUUCAAUUAAAACACUCUGCCCAUUCAUAAGAAUUUGUAAGAUACUUAUUUGCAUAAAAUGGACAGAAACCAGUCUCAAAAUCAAUCAAUCAAUAGCGUUUAUUCUCGAGAGUACUGACCAUAGUAUAAUUUACAUCAGGUUAUAUAAUAAAAAUGACGUCAUAGGUUUUAAAAUGUCCUUCCUCCUCUCGGAUACAACGGCAGUACAGUUUACAAGCCUUCUUACAUUGUCUGCCACCUGUUAAACAAUCUACAACCAGCCCAAGGUCUCUCUCUCCCUCGGUAGAGGCAGAAUGUCCUGUAAUGAACACAUCAUUCCAGCCUGUCUGAUGAUAACUCCAUUCGUUUCUAACAAGGAACAGACAGUCCUUGUUUUAAUACUUGAUUAAAAUUACACACAUUAUAUUCAGCAUUAUGAUUAUAAUAAGAUUCAUACAUCCAUACAGUAACAUAGUACUAUUCUGUUUAGUUAUAAUUCUAAGUCAAUAAUUUAGUCAUUAUUCAUAAAAAUCCCAUAACAGAGUGUCAGUUUGUUUCUGCUCUCUUGCCAAUUUCAUGCUGUUCAUAAUGUAGGAACCUGGCGUUAUCACUGAUUGGGUCCAAAGAUAGUGAGACAGGGAUGAGGCAAUAAACCAUUGUCAACACAGGCGCUUCAGAAAGGGAGAUUAAACAAGAAAGAGGCUGUAUGACUACCUUUUUGAAGGCCUCACAAGAAAUGGAUUGGGGACUAAUGCAAAGCAAUUUAAAUAUUGUGGUUACAUUGUACUUCAAGGAAAAUAAAAUGUCCAGAGUAAGUCCUCUCUCUAAGUUGUGUUCUCAUGAUAUUUGAGCCAUAUAUAACAGCUUUGUUCAUGUGAAUACUGAAUCCAUUGCAGACAACUUCAUGUCUUAAGAUGGCAUUCACACAUCUAUCUAUCAUUUCAGACUGUAUUUGAAUGCUACAUAUGAACAUUGUAUCAGAAAAUAAAUUCCUUGAAUAAAAAAAUAAAUGUUCAUGUGUCACAGUUUA